AUGCUGCUGCGCUGCGUCCGUCCUCUGCGUACGCGCGCCACGUCCCACCGUCGCCACUUGCAACCAGUGCGUGCGCAUGCAUCUGAUUCCAAUGCGUGCUCGCCCAAUGCGCUCGAAAUGUGCGUUCGCGAGCGUCAAUUGCCUCCUUUUGAGCGGCUAAAACUGCAAGAGAUCGAGCCAGCCGUCAAACAGGCAGCCGCAAAGUACACGCAGACGCUGCAGGAGCUGGAGAAGGAACUCGCAGAGCGUAUUGACAGGAAAAACGUGCAGUUUGGUCAUGUGGUGGACCCGCUCGAGGUCAUGGGCGAUGCGCUGGGACGCAUGUGGGGCGUGGUGGGCCACCUCAUGAGUGUGCGCAACUCGGACGAGCUGCGUGCUGUGCACGACGAGCUACAGGAACUAGUGAUCCAGACAGUGACAGAGACGUCGCAAAGCAAGACGCUCUAUGAAGCGUUUGUUGCAGUACGCGAGGGCAGCGAGUGGAGCUCGCUCGCGCGAGCGCAGCAGCGUGUGAUCGAGCUGCGAUUGAGAAGCGCUGUGCUGAGUGGAGUUGGUCUUGAUGGUGACGAGAAAGAGACGUUCAACAAGCUGAAGCUGCGUGCAGCUGAGUUGAGCACGGAGUUUGCGUCAAAUCUGCUCGACGCGACGAAAGCGUAUGCAUUGACGUUGACGAACAAGGACGAUUUAGAGGGAUUGCCGUCUUCGCUACUGCAAAUGUUUGCUCAGAGAGCGCGUGACGAGGGCCACUUGGAUGCUACACCUGAAAACGGACCGUGGCGUGUAACGCUUGAUCCGCCGUCGUACGUGCAGUUCAUGAAGUAUGCAGCAAAGCGUUCAUUGCGCGAACAGCUGUAUCGUGCGUCCGCUACUCGUGCGAGUGGUGGCUCGUUCGAUAACGAAGGCAUCAUCGUUGAGUUGCUAGAAAUCCGUCAGCAGAUUGCCAAUCUUCUUGGAUUUAGCUCAUUUGCGGAAGUGAGCAUCUCGAAGAAAAUGGCGCCUAGUGUCGAAGAAGUCGAGAAGAUGCACCACGAUCUGCGCAAUAAGUGCGUCGAUUUGGCCCGCGAAGAAGUGGAAGCUGUGACUGAGUAUGCAAAGCAGCACGGACAGACGGAGCCUCUUGAGCCUUGGGAUCUUGGCUAUUGGUCUGAACAGCUCAAGGCGAAUAAAUACUUGUUCACCGAUGAGGAGAUCAAGCCGUAUUUUCCGCUCGAGCGCGUGCUUGAUGGUCUGUUUGCGCUCACGUCACGGCUUUUCGGCGUGACCAUCGAAGCAGCUGAUGGCCAGGCGGAAGUCUGGAACCCAGACGUGCGUUUCUUCAACGUGCGCAGUGCUGAAGGUGACAAGGAUGUUAUCGCUCAGUUCUACCUGGACCCGUACUCCCGUCCAAAAGAGAAGAACGGUGGUGCGUGGAUGAACACGUGCGUCGACCGCAGCUGCGUGCUUGGUCCCAAGGAGUUAAAUGGCAAGCGCAUUCCAGUGGCCUACAUCAUCUGCAACCAAUCGCCACCAGUGGGCGAAACGCCUAGCCUGAUGACUUUCCGUGAGGUGGAGACUAUCUUUCACGAGUUCGGCCAUGGCUUGCAGCACAUGCUCACGCGGAUGGAGUACGGCGACGUGGCAGGUAUAAACGGCGUUGAAUGGGACGCCGUGGAGAUUCCGUCGCAGAUGAUGGAAAACUUUUGCUACGACAAGGACACCAUUGCAGCGAUUAGCGGACAUUACAAGACGGGUGAGGCGCUACCUGACGACUUGUUCGACAAGGUCAAGGCAGCUCGCAACUUUAUGAUGGCUACGGGCAUGCUGCGUCAACUCGGCUUUGGCGCCCUGGACAUGUACUUGCACUCGCACUACUCGCGAUUGCAGGAGCCACUGUUUGCAGUGCAGCAGCGUCUACUGGGAGACUACGCCGUGCUCAAGCCUCUGGAAGAGGACAGGUUUCUGUGCUCGUUUUCGCACAUUUUCGCUGGCGGGUAUGCUGCGGGCUACUACAGCUACAAGUGGGCAGAGGUUUUGUCGUGCGAUGCGUACAGCGCCUUUGAAGAGGCAGCAAAGGAGAGUCCUGAGGCUGUGACGCGCGUUGGGCACAAGUUCCGCGACACUAUUUUGUCCAGCGGGGGUGGCGAACACGCCGAGCAGGUGUUUGAGGCCUUUCGUGGCCGCAAGCCGUCCAUUACGCCGCUGCUGGCGCAGUACGGCCUGACUGACAAGUAG